CAGACAGCUGUGCGACCCAAUUCACAGAAAGGACCCUCGGGAGAAACCUGAGAAGAUCCUGCCUGUCGGCCCCUUCUCCCAGGUCGGUAAGUGGGCCUGACCCCUCAGGGUAGUCAGCCACUCACCAACUAGGAGUGUGGUGAGACAGCCUGGCUUUAAGCAGAGCUACUUCUAAAAUUAGAUCAGCUAAUGGUGCUGAGAACCGGACUCAGAAUCUGAGACAUGAGCGAUACUCGGCCUCUGGAGGAGGAGGCAUAUGACAUGUCAGGCGCCCGUCUAGCCCUGACGCUGUGUGUCACCAAAGCCCGGGAAGGUUCUGAGGCAGAUCUAGAUGCCCUGGAACACAUGUUCCAGCAGCUGGGAUUCGAGAGUACCAUGAAGAGAGACCCCACCGCCCAGCAAUUCCAGGAAGAGAUGGAAAAAUUUCAGCAGGCCAUUGAUGCCCGGAAAGAUUUUGUCAGCUGUGCUUUUGUGGUGCUCAUGGCGCAUGGGCUAGAAGGUCACCUCAAAGCGGAGGACGAGCAGAUGGUUGAGCUGGAGGACCUCUUUAGGGUUCUGAACAACAAGAACUGCCAGGCCCUGAGAGCCAAGCCUAAGGUGUACAUCGUGCAGGCCUGUCGUGGAGAACAAAGGGACCCUGGUGAGAGAGUAGGUGGAGACAACACUGUGAUGGUUACAGAGAAGCUCCAAACCAUUCCAACGCACACGGACAUGCUCUACAUCUACUCCACCGUGGAAGGGUACCUUUCCUACAGAAAUGACAGGAAAGGCUCCGGCUUCAUCCAGACCCUGGUUGAUGUAUUCUUGGAGAGAAAAGAACCCAUCCUGGAUCUUCUGACAGAGGUUACCCGGCGAAUGGCAGAAGCAGAGGUGGUUCAAGAAGGGCAACCAAAGAAAGUGAACCCUGAAAUCCAAAGCACCCUUCGGAAACAGCUCUAUCUGCAGUAGAAGUAGAAAGAGAAUGGAGGGGCUUCCUUUCAGGUGCCUCUCUCUGACCCUUGGAUGUUUAAAGGCAGCUCUCAUCACUUCCUCCAUAUCUUCUCUUCCCAAAGCUAAAUGGCACCCAAUCCUUUCAUCACUCUCCUUAUGCAAGUACUCCUUCAAUCUGUUCCUGUCCUGCAUAGAGCAACCCAGCUAAAACUGAGCACAAGGCCUAGUGGUAACAAUAACAUCACCUCCCUCAGGCUGGACUCUUUACAUCUAUUAAUGCAACCUAAGAUGGUAAUUGCUUUUUCCACUUUCUGCUCCUAUGCUCAUCUGAAAUCUUCUAUCUUUCAUAAAUCAUACCAAUACAAAUGUAACUGCAUAAAGCUCAACAUUUUCCCCUGAUAAACCAAUCACUAACUCCUACAUCAGUCAAAGCUUUGGGGGCUCCUGAAUAUCACCUAGAGGUAUAACCUCUCCCUGAAUCCACAUCCAUUCUUAUCUCCCACAGAUUCAUUUCCAAUUCCUAGAAAUUCAGUCAAGCAAGAAUCAUUCUUUCUCUCUAAGACACCCCCUUCCUUGGCUAGCAAGCUGGUGCCUUAACCCCAUUCUCCUAGUUCAUGGGCUCUCUCUGGCUAAUGGAGAUGCCUCCUCCUCCUUUUCUGUUUCUCUCCCUCCUAAUUAACACUGCCCUACUCCCCACUACCACUAGGCCCUGGACUCUGCCUUCUCUCCAAGAAAAUCCAUCCAUUCAUCCAUUUUCAUGGUUUCAACUUCCAACCACUCUGCAUCAGGGUAUGUUGGAACUAUUGAACAUCCCCUAGUGUCACCCUGUUAUUUUGUAUACAAAGUAAUAGAGGCCCAGAGAAGUUAAAUGGCUUGGUAAAUGCCACACAGUAAGUCAAGGGCAGGGUAAAGUGUUGGCCUCCAGCCCAGUCCCCUUCCACUGCCUGCUAAGUCUUAAUCCAUCAGAAAACUUUUCUAAUUAGAGGAACCACCUAAGAAAAGUUCUCCCUAUCUUGGAGGGAGGAGCUUCCUGGAAGAUAUCUAGAAAUACUGGUUCCUUGAUAACCAGUAUUCAAGGUUACCUCCAUGAAAUUCCAGCAGUGGGUUGGAAGGUGGAUCAGAAGCUCUACCUUCCAAGUCUAUGAUGCAUGUCUCUCUAUCUCCAGCCUGGACCUUUCCCACGGAAAUAAUCUGUGGUCAUAUCUGCGUUGAAAACUUAUGGUUAAAGAUGAGUCUUUUCUUCCUGGUCUACCCUCCAAGUAUUCCCUGGCACCCCAACCUCAGACCCCAAGUUUGGAAUUCUGCACUUAUCUAUAGCAUCCUUCUUCUUGCAACCUUCAUAUGCCACCAGCCACCAUGCCCAGGCCAGCCUGACUUUGAAACACUUCUCCUGUUAUCUCUUCCCUUACAUGUCACUCUCUAGGCUCAAGUCCCACCUUCUCAUGCUUGUAUCUUUGUACCAACUUCCUUCCUUGCCUCUCUGCCUGACCAUCUCAGCCCUCCUCUGCCCUUCAUACUUUCUACAAUUCUUGAUCUUCCUAGAAUAUGCAAGAAGAUACAACGCCACCCCAUCAUUUAUAGACCAAGGCCAAACUCCAUAUCCUGAUUUCUUACACCCUUAUAUUACUAUUCCACCGCUACCGGCAAUCAGCUAAAUUCACCCCCCCACUCCUCCCACCAGAGCCUUUGCUAUCACCAUUUCCCCAAGCUGGAGUGCCCUCUCUCUCCCUUCACCCCCUUCCACUGCCUCCCACCCCUACUUAUUCCAGAAAGUCAUUCCUAAUAGUCUUUCUAGUUGAUUCUGCCUCUCUCACCCAGGAUGAGACACUGAUGAUUACAAUUUCUUAAGGGCAAGGAACAAGUCUUUGAUUAACUUAAU